AUGUCCACUAUCUGCUUGGGCCCAAUAUCAAAUUCUCUACUCAUCCUGGGAUCCUGUGCCCCAGCCUGCCGCUUGCUCACAUUCCAUUGGAAGACUGCCAUGCGAGACCAGGGUGUGCUCAAUAGUGUGUGCAGCCGCUGGAAAGCAUCCACGUGUGUCCUCGUCUCUUUCCUGGCGUCACUGCUCCUGCUGGCCUUUAACAUGCGCCUACCACUCGUGCGGCUGGUGAACGGCAGGAGCCGGUGUGAGGGCCGUGUUGAGGUUCAGUACAAUGGUACAUGGGGCACGGUGUGUGAUGAUGACUGGGACAUGGUGGAUGCCAAUGUGGUUUGCCGACAGCUGGAGUGCGGUCUGGCUGUAGCAGUGGGCACAAGUUCCCGCUUUGGACAGGGCUCUGGGCCAAUCCUGCUUGACAAUGUUGACUGCAAUGGGGGAGAGACAGACCUGAGCCAGUGUGGCAAUCAAGGCUGGGGCAUCCACAACUGCUACCAUUAUGAGGAUGUGGCUGUGACCUGCAAAGGUAACACUGUGUUAGGACCUCAAGGACUGUCUGAGGAGCCCAGCACUCUAGCUCGCAGGAACUCUGGUUUAUCAUUGGACGGGUCAAUCCGGUUGGUGGGCGGCUUGGACCAAUGUCAGGGCCGGGUGGAAAUCUACUACCGGGGCAGCUGGGGAACAGUGUGUGACGAUGACUGGGGUUUACGAGACGCGGCUGUGGUUUGCCAGCAGAUUGGAUGUGGUCCUGUUGUCACCUACACUACCAAUGCCUACUUUGGCUAUGGCAAAGGUCUCAUCCUGCUAGACAACGUACACUGCAGUGGUGCAGAGAGUCAACUGGCCGCAUGCUACAGCCUUGGUUGGGGGAUACAUAACUGCGGUCAUCACGAGGACGCUGGAGUCAUCUGUACAAGACUGACCACCACUUCUGCUCCUCCUGUGAACACAGAGACCAUAGACAAUGCAUUCUUACAUACUGACAUCCCAGCAGGGACGGGAAUGACUAUUCCAGUUACAAAGACAACACCAACUAAUCCAACCACAUCCUUUACCACAAAAGAGCAGCCCACUGUCCGUGUGGUGAAUGGGAACAGCAGCUGUCAGGGCCGUGUGGAGGUUUUAUACAAAAACAUCUGGGGUACAGUGUGUGAUGAUGAGUGGGAUAUGGAGAACGCUCAGGUGGUGUGCAGGCAGCUGGGGUGUGGCCCGGCCAUGGCGGCCAUCCCGCUGGCUUACUUUGGCUAUGGCUCUGGUCCCAUUCUGCUUGACAACGUAGACUGUGAUGGCAAUGAGAGGCUGCUUACUGACUGCUUCAACCUGGGCUGGGGACAACAUAACUGUGGACAUCAUGAAGAUGCUGGAGUCAUUUGCUUUACUUCCCCAGGCUGGGCGGGAACAUCGAGAAGCUUUGGGGUGACUGAUAGGAUCAUAACCACUCCCCCACCAGUGGAGGGUGCAAUGAGGCUGUCAGGUGGUCCGCACCGUUGUGAGGGCAGAGUAGAGCUGUAUCACCGUGGUGCAUGGGGCACAGUGUGUGAUGAUGCCUGGGAUCUCCCUGAUGCCCAGGUUGUGUGCAGGCUGCUGGGUUGUGGUGAUGCUAUAGCUGCACGUGUGGAGUCCUUCUAUGGAGCGGGCCUUGGCACCAUUCUCCUGGACAAUGUGAAGUGCACAGGAGCGGAGCUGUCACUCCAGGAAUGCUCUCACAUACCAUGGGAUGUGCACAACUGUGACCACUCAGAGGAUGCUGGUGUGACAUGCUCGCUCACAUGACUCCGCCCAUCCACAGAAGCCACUCCCAUUCCACUCUACCUGAGGUCUAUAGAGCGGCAGGGAAUGGAGUAUGAAGACAACAGGACAUGUACAUUUUGUAAAUAUCCACUCACAGUGAUAUGCUGAAGAUAUAAAAGGCUCCUGGAUGAUCUGACACAAAAAGAAAUGACAAAUUAUGCUUAUAUACAGAAAUUGGUCGAUUUUUAUUUUAUUUAUGCACUUUAUGAAUGUAUGAAUAACAAAUACAUAGAAACUGUAUGUAUAAAUAUGACACCAAGAUUAGUUUU